ACCCAGAUAAAAUGGCUAACUACAUAGCCAUUAUAACGACACUGAUAAACUCCUGAACUGUGACAGAGAGGUUUGCUUUGCACUUGUCCGACCACUUAUACAGAUCGGUGGGGGCAAGCGGCAUGUAUGAAUCAACUGUUUGUACUUCGAAUCGUCUUGUAACGAUAGAACGAAGCGGAAAAACAGGAAAACUGCGGAAAUGUUAGCUCUGAAGUCCCAGGCUGCAAUCCGGAGAUGACUGAGGAGUCACGUUAGCAACAGUGGCAGGUACCUUAGCAACUGUAGACGCUUGUUUUAUUCAACGAUACAGCCACAGGAGUAUGCCAACUGCUGACUCGUCUUCUUCACAGGGGACCAGCAGACGAAAACAUCACAAUGAGACUGAAAACAUCGCUGCUUCAGGAACCUAAACAUAAGGAACUUGUUAGUUGUGUUGGUUGGACUACAGCAGAUGAGCUGUACUCAUGCAGUGAGGAUCACCAGAUCCUCAAAUGGAACCUGCUGACUAGUGAGACCAGUCUGGUUGUCAAAUUGCCAGAGGACAUUUACCCUAUUGACCUACACUGGUUCCCGAAAACCCUUGGUGGCAAGAAACAGAACCAGACUGACAUCUUUGUCCUCACCAGCACUGAUGGGAAGUUCCACCUGGCAUCCAAGAUAGGGCGCAUUGAGAAAAGUGUUGAAGCGCACAAAGGAGCUGUUUUGGCAGGCAGAUGGAACUAUGAUGGGACUGCUCUAAUCACAGCUGGAGAAGAUGGGCAGCUCAAGAUUUGGUCAAAGAGUGGGAUGCUACGCUCAACACUGGCCAGCCAAGGUUCUCCUGUGUAUUCGGUGGCCUGGGGUCCGGACUCAGACAGAAUCCUUUACACAUCAGGAAAACAGCUGGUCAUCAAGCCUCUGCAGCCUAGCGCCAAAGUCAUACAGUGGAAGGCCCAUGACGGCAUCAUCCUAAAAGUGGACUGGAAUUCAGUUAAUGAUCUCAUACUGUCAGGUGGAGAAGACUGCAGAUAUAAGGUAUGGGACAGCUAUGGCCGUCUGCUUUAUUCCUCGUCGUCUCAUGACUACCCGGUCACGUCUUUGUCGUGGGCGCCAGAUGGAGAGGUGUUUGCGGUGGGAUCCUUCAACACUCUGCGGCUCUGUGACAAGACUGGAUGGUCCUAUGCGUUGGAGAAGCCAAACACAGGAAGUGUGUCCAGCCUAGCCUGGUCAGCAGACGGCACCCAGCUGGCCGGGGCCUGCGGCAAUGGGCACGUCAUCUUUGCCCAUGUGGUGGAGCAGCACUGGGAGUGGAAGAACUUUGUUAUCACCCUUACCAAGAGGAGAACCAUGCAGGUGAGAAAUGUGAUGAAUGAUGCAGUGGACAUAUUGGAGUUCAGAGAUCGAGUCAUCAAAGCCUCUUUGGCUUACGGUCACCUGGUGGUGGCCACAUCUCUCCAGUGCUACGUCUACAACUCAAGAAACUGGAAUACACCCCUCAUCUUUGACUUGAAGGAGGGAACAGUUAGCCUCAUCCUGCAAGCAGAGAAGCAUUUUCUGCUUGUGGAUGGAGCAGGGUUGUAUACGUUCUCCUAUGAGGGUAGGCUGAUAUCUUCCCCAAAGUUCCCAGGUAUGAGAGCAGACAUCCUGAAUGCCCAGAGUGUCUCACUUAGUAACGACACCAUUGCCAUCCGUGACAAGAGUGAUGAAAAAGUCAUUCUCCUUUUUGACGCUCUGACUGGGAAAGCCCUCGGGGACGGGAAGCCCUUGUCUCAUAAGCUGGAGGUGGUGGAGGUAGCGCUGGACCAGUGCGGCCCGUCCAAUGAAAGGAAAAUUGCACUGGUAGACAAGAACCGGGACCUUUACAUGACCUCUGUGCGUCAUCUUGGGCGACAACCCAAAAUCUGCAAAAUUGGGAGCAUGGUUCACAGCAUGGCAUGGAAUGAUGCUGCUAACAUUCUAUGUGGAGUCCAGGAUAACCAGUUAGCAGUGUGGUACUACCCAAGUGUUGUUUUCACUGAUAAGGAACUGCUGCCAAAAACACUCCACAUGAAGGAUGGCAGUGAGUUCAGCCGUGCUCCCCACAUUCUGAGCUAUGUCGGUACCAAAGUGACACUACGCCAAGGAGACGGUUCACUGGUGUACAACAGUGUUCCCCCAUAUCCAGCUCUCCUACAUGAAUACAGCAGCUCUGCACGCUGGGAGGAUGCACUACGCCUCUGUCGCUUUGCCAAGGAACAGGCCUUGUGGGCAUGUCUCGCUGGUAUGGCAAUGGCAAACAGAGAGCUGAAGACUGCAGAGAUGGCAUAUGCUGCUAUUGGAGAGUUACCAAGAGUUCAGUACAUUAACUUCAUAAAGGAGCUGCCGUCUAGGGAGUCCGCUUUGGCCCACAUGCAGAUGUUCAGUGGUCAGGUCCAGGAGGCUGAGGCCACUCUACUACAAGCCGGCCUCAUCUACCAGGCCAUCCGGGUCAAUAUUGACCUCUUCAACUGGGAGAGGGCGCUGGAGCUGGCAGUCAAACACAAAACUCAUGUGGACACUGUGCUGGCCUACAGGCAGAAGUUUCUGGAGAAAUUUGGCAGAAAGGAGACCAAUAAAAGAUUCCUACAGUACGCUGAAGGGGUUGAGGUAGACUGGGAGAAAAUCCAGGCGAAGAUAGAGAUGGAACUGGUGAAAGAGAGAGUUAAAGCUGCUAAUGCAUCUGAGAGGAACAGCAUGGCAACACGCCGUUGAUGUUCAGGGACUUUUCUCUAAAAGUUUGCAGAAAUGGAGCCAUGUGAUCGUGAUAGUCUCUGUAUAUUUGGUGGAUUGAUUCUGGCUCUCUCUCUCAAUGUUCACUGGAUGUAAGAAAUACAUUAAAUGAAGGGAACAUUUGGAGAAAUGAAGAAAACUGCUGUUACACUACAAUCUGUUGGAUAUGCUGAGUAAUGGAGAACAAUGUCAUUGACUUUAUACAGUCUGUGAUGGGAUCAUUUCACAACUGAGUUUAUCUUAGCAUCAUUGCCUUUCAGCUAUUUCAGCUUCCUAAAGAUUUCGUAAUGUGAUUUUGUGAGUUAUUUUUCCUGUUUUUCAAAAUUUACUUGUUCUGAAAUGCACAAAUGUAUUGCUUUGUGUUAUCUCUGUAAAGUUUGACAUGAUGUUUUUUAUAAGAAUAGAUAUUUUUACAGUUUCUUU